CAGGAGGCUAAUGAUAGCAGUAUGCUAGCAGGGGCUAGUGUUAAGGAUUCAUGAACUAGAUUUGUAAUUGUAAUACUUUAACUGAGACUUAGUCAUGUCUCAGGUGGAGAAGAAGGCGGGGCUUCUGAGGAGGACGUCAUCCUCUAAGAAACCCUUAAAAGAGAAGGUGGUGCUGAUGUAUGAUGAGAUUUUUGCAAAAGAAGACCCAGCAAAAAACAACUCCCGCUUCUGGGAUGAGCUGUUUCUUAUGAAGGUGAACCAAGAGUACCUAGAGUCCAAGUUGGAGAGUGUAGAUGGGGAGGAGGUUCAGCGGAUCCAGGACAACAUCAACUCUCUGUUCCACCACUGUGUUCAGGCUCUGGGAGAAGAGCACCAGAUCAAAGUGGUCAACGCCCUGCAGACACUCUGUGCACUUUUCCGGGGGGUUCACCAGAAGAACAAGUCUGCAUCUGGCUUCGACAUCAUCAACAUGCUCAUGGGCUUUGACAAGGCUGAGCAAAGGAUGAAGGACUUGAUGGAGAGACUGGACAGCCUUCUUUGCGGAGAUAGCUCGGAGAGUCUGAAGAGCCUUUGUCUCAAGCUGCUGCUGUGUCUGGUGACGGUAACGGACAACAUUAGUCAGAACACCAUACUGGAAUAUGUGAUGAUCAACAGCAUCUUUGAAGCCAUUCUACAGAUUCUUUCAGAUGUGUCCAGCAGAGGGCAGCACGGGUAUGAUGCUGUGGUCCUCCUGGCUCUGCUGGUCAACUACAGGAAAUAUGAGUCGGUGAAUCCGUACAUUGUGAAGCUCUCCAUCGUGGACGACGAGCCAACACUAGAUGGAAUGGGUAUGGUUGUCCACCACGCGCUGACAGAGUACAACAGGCAGUACAAAGACAAAGAGGAGGAGAACCAGGGGGGGUUCUUCUCUACCCUCACCAGUAUGGUGGGCAGCAUGUUUAUAGCCGACGCCGACGAGAAACUCUCCGUACAGACCAAUGAGGCGAUUCUUCUAGCGCUCUACGAGGCGGUGCACCUAAACCGCAACUUCAUCACUGUAUUAGCACAGAGCCACCCUGAGAUGGACAUCCCAACCACACCUAUCAGCCCGACUACAACCGCACCUACGACACCACUGGGCACCACGCCGCCCUCCUUAGACAUGAUGAACAACCCAGAACUGACUUUGGAUCCCAACCUGCAGACGAGCAACCUCCUCAUCACCUUCCUAAAGUACGCCUCCAUUGUAAUGCAGGAUACUAAAGAUGUGCAUCGACUCAACAGUGCCAGACUGUGCCUAAUUAUCCUCACCUGCAUAGCCGAGGACCAGUACGCUGAUGCCUUUCUUCAUGACGACAACAUGAACUUCAGAGUCAAUCUCCACAGAAUGCCCAUGAGGCACAGAAAAAAAGCAGUGGACAAGAACAUCCCGUCACGCCCGCUGGUGUGUGCCGUUCUAGAUCUGAUGGUGGAGUUUAUAGUCACGCAUAUGAUGAAGGAUUUCCCCAUGGAUUUAUACUUGCGCUGUGUGCAGAUCAUCCACAAACUCCUGUGCUACCAGAAGAAGUGCAGAAUCCGGUUACACUACACCUGGAGAGAGCUCUGGUCAGCUCUCAUCAACCUGCUGAAGUUCCUCCUGUCAAAUGAGACGACGCUGCUGGCCAAGCACAACAUCUUCCACCUGGCCUUACUGGUCGUGAACCUGUUCAACAUGUUCAUCACAUACGGCGACACGUUCCUGCCCACCUCCAACAGCUACGACGAGCUGUACUAUGAAAUCGUACGAAUGCACCAGGUGUUCGACAACCUCUACUGUAUGGUUCUGAGAGUAUCAACCAACAUGGGCCAGUGGAAGGAGGCCGCCAGCAAAGUCACACAUGCCCUCGUCAAUGUUCGGGCCAUCGUCAAUCAUUUUAAUCCCAAGAUUGAGUCGUACGCCGCUGUGAACCACAUCUCCCAGCUGUCCGAAGAACAGGUGUUGGAGGUGGUUCAGUCCAACUAUGACACGCUGACGCUCAAACUGCAGGACGGACUGGACCAGUUUGAGAGAUACUCGGAGCAGCCCAAAGAGGCCGCUUUCUUCAAGGAGCUGGUGCGCUCCAUCAGUCUGAACGUGAGGAAGAACGUCUCCCUGAACACGCUGAGUCAGGACGUCCUGCUCAGAGAGUUUUCCACCAUCUCCUGAGAUGCACACGCUCGUCCAGCCUCCUCCUCCUCCUCCUCCUCCUCCUCCCUUCGUCAGAAAGACACACACAUUACACGUGUGUGUGUGUGCGCGUGUGGACACGAACACACACACAUUACACACACACACACACCGACAUGGCCGGUCCUCGAUUGUCUCGAUUCGUGCUCGGCGACGGACACCGAGGAGACGGACACACUGGAUGCGCUUCAAAGAAAGACCUGCACACUGUCUGGACUCGCUCUCUUUGUUGUUGUUGUUGUUGUUGAUAAUAUGUGUUUGUGUGUGUGGUCAUUUAAGGAAGGGCCCGCAGUGCACUGGGUCCCGGUGUGCGAGCCGCAGUAUUGACUGGACUGUUAACCGACUCGUGAACGUUUGGAUUGAAUUGAAAGUAUUUUUGGAUCCAGACGUUCGGCGAACUUUUCAGCCUCCGAUGAUGAUGAUGAUGAUGGUGAUGAUGAUGAUGUUUGAAGCAGCUGCCGCUGCCUUUAUUCACGAUUCAUCUCCACUUAUUAUUCCAGAAUGUUUUUAGGCUUUGAGCUGUAAACAUUGCGUCUGUGUCGGUGACCUUUAGCCUCUUUGAGUUUGAAUCUUACGGUAAAUCCUCUUUUUGAUCCGAGCACUAAUCGUUUCUUUGCGGCCGAAUGUUGUGCGAAUGUUAAAUGAAUUCUCUUCACGUUCAGAACAUUUAAAAGUAUUCACAUGUUUGCGAAGGGGUAGAACAUCUUGAGCUGUUAAUGCUCUGAAAUGAUAACAACAACCUUCUUGUUUAGCUUUUGAACAAAGCCAUGACGAAGACAUCCUCACCUAUCAACGCUCAUUCAGAACAAUUCUAAUUAUUAUUUUUUAAGUGGAAGCAGAUCUUAAUUAUGCAAUAUUCUUGUGACGGGUCUUAUGUCUCUCAUCUCUAACUCUUGUAGGUAUAUUUAAGUUUCUUUUUUAAAAUAAAGGUUGGUUCCCUAUUCCUCAA